AUUGUCGCCCCCUUGCCAUGGCGAAUUGUGCGUGUUGCAACAACCUGGGGUCAAGCUCGAAGUUUCAGUUACUUUUGACACUUUCCACGGGGAUUCUCUUCAUUUUGCUGGGGAUCUAUGGCAUUGCGCUCAUCCUUCUCGUAAACUUCAAGGUAACUCCAUCCUCAUACGACGACCUGGAAGGUCUACGGAAAUUCUCUGGAACAGCCUCUGAUUUGGCCUCCUGGGUUGGACUUCUUGUGAGUCUGUUGUGGUGGAUGGCUCUCAGUUCUCGCUGCUUCGCACCCUGCUGUUGCCAUUUGGAUGAUGUUGAAUGCCCCUGCGCUCCCUGCAAGACCUUCCAUUUCUUGGACGUGCCCUUUUUCGUUGGCGUCUCAAUAGCUUGGAUGGCUGUACAGGGAUUUUUUCUACGAGAUGUGCUUUUGGCACUUAGCAUGGCACUCCUGUUGCUAGCUAUCCCCUCCGGUUUCAUGAAGUGGAGAUGGAUGAAGGAUAUGAAGGCCGCAACGCCCAGGCCACAGGUCACCCACACUGCGACCCAGACGACAUCGAUGGCAGCGACUUGGCAGAUGGUGGGGAACCCGGUGACCAUUACUACGGUGGGAUGUUGUGGAGAGCGAAGAAUCAAAGGCAUGGUGCAAAAUGAGGACGAUGACAAGGUGGCUGAAGUUUGAUCAGGACUCAAAAUGACUGAGAUCCGUGGCUGAUGAUGUUUGAUGAUGUUUUGAUCCCAUGAAUCCGAAAUAAUCCGACGCCCCAAAGUUGGGCUCAAAAAAGUUCUUGGAAACAAAGAAAAUUUAGACCUUUUUUUUGGUCAUGUCAUGUCGCCAUCGACAUCAGCGACUGCCAGUUGCAGAGAUAUCAAACAUAUCAAAGAUGCCAAAAUUGAGAUUUCCUAAAAUUGGGAGGUGCCCCAAGUUCGC